CCGGCGUGCAGCGGCUCGGCAGAGACCGGCACGAUCGCUUGUGCGCCGAGCGGACGCGUCCCGAGAGAGACACGACGGAGUCGAGCCCGUGUGCGCGUGUGACACCAACCACCGAUGGGGAGCGGCGUGCACUGACUUAUCCGCGGAUUAGCCCAGAGAGGACCGGAUCACCCCAAGGAUUAGCGAUUAAGCCCACUGGCCACCAUUGAGGGCACGGACGUUUCAGACCCCAGGAACGACUUGCCGUCGUUCCAGACGUUCAGAGUCCAGUCAAGGACGCAGAACCUCGCCUACAGAAUGAUGGUCAACCAAACAGACUUGAUGGCUCCGCAUGAGUCUCCCUACAGCACAGAAGAACAGUUCAUGUACGAACCGACGGAAGAGGACAAGAACGCCUACUGCAACCUGCAGCCCAUAGGCCUGGACACCUCAGACCACGUGACGCCCUGCCUACAACACACAAUGGACCUCAUGCCCCCCUCGAGGCCCAUACCAUUUGAAGGCGACCCUUUCCCGAGCGACGUGCUGGACCUGGAGGGCGACCGGUGGCAGCGGAUUCCGAUCCAGCACUGGCAGUCCUGCGACGUCCUCACCUGGCUCCUGUCCUGGCUCGGCCACAACCAGAUCGAGCUGGCCGAAGAGGAGAUCGACGUGUUCAGCAACAUGGCUGGCGACCACCUGUGCCGACUGAGCCCCGAGGAGUUCCGCAACAUCGCCCCGUCCUACGGCCACAUGCUCUACGAGGAGGUCCAGCGACACCUCGGCAGCGGCUCCGCAGCGCGCAACGUCACUGGCCUCUCAGAACCGUUCUACGACCCAGAGAAGUAUGGGUCCUUCCAGCACUUCUUCGACCCUCUGGAGAUCCCAAACAGCAGCCCCGGCUCAGAAAACGUGACAUCUUCGAGAUCUCCUGGUCUUGCAGAGUCUGACAGUGGGAGCACAAGCAGCAGCUUGAGCACCGUCAACGAGAGGACAGAGAACCUCUUUGCCUACAUGCCUCACGACACACGGAUACUUGCGAAACAAAUGCCCCCUCCGAUGCCCCUGAUGGGCAAAAAGAAGGGCCGGAGAGGCAGACCUCCGAUCAAAGAGGCCAAAGUGCGCAGCCGAGCAGGCAAAGGCAUGGGCAAGCUGUGGGAGUUCAUCCGAGACCUUCUGCUGAACCCGACCACGAACCCGAGCCUCAUCCGAUGGGAGCGGAGGGAAGAUGGCAUCUUCAAGUUCGUCCAGUCAGACAAGGUCGCAAAAAUGUGGGGUGACCGCAAGCAGAAUCCACGCAUGACCUACGAGAAACUCAGUAGGGCCAUGAGAACCUAUUAUGGCAAGCAGAUCCUUGAACCUGUGCCCAAGACAGAGGGCCUCCCCAAAAAACUGGUCUACAAGUUUGGACCCCGUGCCGGUGGCUGGUUCCGCUCAGCUUCCAGGGACUACCACCCUUCUUCAUACCCCCGUUUGCACCGUGCCGGUACCAAGUGUUUCUACUGACACCGACCCUCCCGUCCUCGUUCCCCAACUCUCUGGUGAUGGUGCUCUGUACACUCUAUGCGCGGUGACGGUGCGCUAACAACGCGUCAAACUGAAAAGAAGCCAGCCGACAUGCACUCCCCUAAACAGUCAAGUUGGAGACCUUACAGUAGCAAUGUUUCCAUUUCCUUGUGUAUCCUCGUUACCCGAGAUUUCGGCUCUAGGGUACGGACACUUUUUUUUACAAAAGCCACUGCCAAAAAUUUUUAAUGGGCGCACGAUUGUGUGCACUUCCAGACCAGAGCGAGGCCAAAAUGGGUCCUCAUAUGUGCCAAAAACGAUUGCCAAUCAUAGUCAGUUUGAGCAUCAAAAGCGGCGCUUGAAGUUCGCUGCGAGACGUUGGAGCUGCACAGACUAACGAUCGUGCCAUCCUGUGUGGCCCCCUUCCCCCCUUCAGAUACUACUACAAAAGCCAGGUCCUCCUACCAGUGUUUGGACGUCGGCUCGUGUACAAAUUUGGUCCCAACGCCACCGGCUGGAGACCCUAAGCAAGACACCGCAAGAACAAAAAUAUCCAUUUCGGCACGGCCGGGCCCCUCCCCCGAAGAGAGAAAUCACACUUUCUGCCAAGACGCGCUUAACGUGCGUUUUCUUGUUUGUUUCUAUCUUUCUUCCCCAAAACAAACAAAAGUACAACAGCUCUUUUCCCUCUUUUUUGUAUUUCUCUCUUCCUCCCUUUGUUCAGUUGUUUUAGGAGAGGGAACAAGUUUAGUCACGGACAGAGCCACGUAAAUUUUGGAAGGAAUACCUUUAAGCGCCCAAGCUCGACCUCGAGGUCUGGCCGCGCGGACCUCGACACGUUCACUCGCUUACCGGCGAGGCGCAGUGCCGUUCCUCCGUCUUCUCCAAUUUUCCCGCUCACAAACCCGAACGGAACAUUCCACGAGACUGCAUGGCGUUGACCCCAGCACCAGUUUAUUCACCAAACGUAACCCAAUUUCUGAUAAAAUUUACGUCGCUCUAGUCACCAGGCGUUGUUACUUCAAUCUCUCGGACCUUACAAUUUCUUGUGCCGUCCAACGCAAGCGAGGAAAAACGAAUUUGAGCAAGCAUUGGACUCUCGCCAAUCAAGAUGUCGUAAAUGUGAAGACAGGAAAAUAACGAGGGCCAGCGAGUUUCUGUGACGUGCAAUCAUCAAGUAGCAUACUCAUGUCACCUCGAGUCACUCUCCAAAAGUGCAUUAUACACAUCACACCGGUGACUUUUUUUUUUUUUGUUUGAUUUUUUUUCUUCACCAUACUCCUUUGCUUUGUGCCGGUGAUCCAUUCCGUGUGAGGUGCACUUCAUCCGGUGUCCUUUGGAACGCUCACCCCUGGGCAGUGAGACGGAGUGACCAGCCUCUUGUACGAGGCUCUGUACAAACCUUGUGUAUAAAUGCCAGAGCAGUAUUUUCAGGUAUUUUUAUGCAAAUGCGCCAGAGAAUGUGUGCGGGCGUGCGCCCCUUUUUUUGUCAUUCCAACUUUCUUCCUGCGAGCGCGGCUUGCUGCAGCGCUCCAAGGAACCUCUGCUAGAGAUUCACGUUACUUGUUGCUCCAUUACUUACGCGCAAUACUCUGACCCAUCCAGGCAACCGAAGCCCAGCAAGUGUACUUAAAUCGUAUAUAGAAUGCAACCCAUUUGAAGUUACCGAUUGAGGACCCAGUCAAAAAAGCCCGCUGCAGUUGCCUGCGCGGGAUUUCAAAGAGUUGCUCAAUGUUUUUUUUUACGCGAUACAAACUUGUUAAGCCUUGCCUCCUGGCGUCCCAAGCGGGUUGGCAUGGUUUUCUCGAAGCAGCAGUCUCCCCCGAUGUAAAUUUCGGACGUGCAAUGCCAAAGGUGCCGUCGGCACUCGCGGCACAUUGGUUGUAAAAGUGUAUUUCACCCCUCCUACAGACUGGGGGUCCUUUUUGACGGUUGUGGGGAGGGGGGGCCUUGUGUAUCAUAUGUCCUUUUCCUUCAAAGAACAACUUAUUGUGUUGCGAAAAAGUGAGGCUUGUUGAUAUUUCCAACCAUAUUUUAUGAGGAGAAAUAUAUUUCGAGAGGUUAUAAACACAGAGCUAUUAUAUAUAAAUACUUAUAAGCAAACUCUCUGUAUGCAAAGUGCCUUUUUUUCCUCCUGAUUUUAUUUACUCUGUACAAGAAAGAAAGCUGCAAAUAAAGACAUUACUUGUAGAUA